CUCGCGUACAGCUUGCCGUAGUCGCGGUGAAACCUGGGUAGAUCAGUCAAAGCGGCGGGAGAGCAAGUAUUGUCAAAUUGUUUUAAGACCUAAUAAAGGUGUCGUUAACGCAGUGAGUAAUGCAAUAGUAACCGUAAAUAUAAGCCAUACGUUGGAUAGAAUUAAGGCAACAAUGGCGAAGGUCCAGGUGUUAAAUGUGGCCGUCCUAGAUAACCCCAGUCCUUUUGGCAACCCUUUUCAGUUUGAAAUAACGUUUGAGUGUAUGGAGGACCUUCCAGAAGACCUGGAAUGGAAGAUCAUCUACGUUGGCUCAGCAGAAAGCGAGGAAUAUGACCAAAUCCUCGAUUCAGUACUGGUGGGCCCAGUCCCUGCCGGGAGACAUAUGUUUGUAUUUCAGGCUGAUGCCCCAAACACUGGAUUAAUUCCUGAAAGUGAUGCUGUUGGUGUAACUGUGGUGCUGAUUACCUGCACUUACCGUGGCCAAGAGUUUAUCCGCAUUGGUUAUUAUGUGAACAACGAGUACACAGACCCAGAACUCCGCGAAAACCCUCCUAUCAAGCCAGACUACACACAGCUCCAGAGAAAUAUUCUUGCAUCAAACCCACGUGUUACCAGAUUCCAUAUAAACUGGGAAGGCAGUGCAGAGAGAAUGGAGGAUUCUGAAAAUGUGGAUCCUUCAUCAAACUCCAUGCUUCCACCAUCCUGUCUGCCAGGCAAGGCCCCACCAUUGGGGAUACUACCUGACAACUCUAUGGACUGCUUAUAGAGGUGCCCCCUCUCCAAAAGGUGGUUACUCACAGCGCAACACCAUAUUUUUGAAGAAUGCCUAUGGACAUUCUGGUAUGGAUGAGAUGAUGUACAGACCUCCCUGCCUUACUGCUUGUUUUUUUCUCCCCUCAAACACCCCAGAAAUGAGCUCCACUU